GUGAAGGUGCCAAUAUAUAUUUCACCUAAACGUUAGUUCCAUUCUCAAAAAUAACACAGACUAAUGGAUCUAAAAUUGUUGCAGUCAUUGUGGCAAGAGUCGCAUGGAGUACUAGCACAUAACCUUCACUUCCUUAUUCCUCUUCUUCUUCUACCUCUUAUCCUUCUCCUUCUGCUUAGACUCAAUAAAGGUGGAAAUCUCAAUUUACCUCCAUCCCCACCAAAGCUACCAAUAGUUGGUAACCUUCAUCAACUAGGCUCACUUCCCCACGGCUCUUUCCAAGCCCUUUCCAACAAGCAUGGUCCCUUAAUGUUCUUGCACUUGGGCUGUGUUCCAACUCUUGUAGUUUCCUCCCCAGAAAUGGUGAAAGAAAUGCUGAAGAGCCAUGAUAUUGUCUUUGCGAAUCGAGCAAGAACAACUGCUGUAGAUAUCUUUCUCAAUGGAAGCACAGACUUGACGUUUGCACCCUAUGGUGAGUAUUGGAGACAAGUUAGAAAGAUUUGUGUUCAAGAGCUUUUGAGCCCUGAUAGAGUGCAAUCAUUUCAAUUCUUGAGGGAAGAAGAGGUUGAUAUUAUGAUCAAGAAGAUACGAGGUUCAUGUCUAGAAGGAAAACAGGUUAAUAUAAGUGAGAUGUUGAUUACUGUCUCAAACAACAUUGUCUUCAGAACUGUUCUAGGACAAAGAAAUGAAGGAGAAGAUGGUAAGAGAAGGUAUGGGGAGUUGUGGAUGAGGGUAAUGGAGGAAGCUGCAUGUUUUAGUUUUAGAGAAUAUUUUCCUUUUUUGGGAUGGCUAGAUGUGCUUACAGGUAUAACCUCAAGACUGAAAAGGACUUUCAAAGACAUAGAUGCAUUAUUCGAAUUGGUGAUUAAGGAGCACAAGGACAAGAUGUUGACAACAGAUGGUGGCCAGUCCAAUAAGAAAAAUUUUGUAGAAAUUCUCCUCCAGCUUAAAGAAGAUGGCAUGCUUGACUUUGAUCUAAAUCAAGACAGCAUCAAAGCAAUCCUACUGGAUAUGUUUGUGGGAUCAACUGAUACUUCCAUAACAACAAUGGAGUGGGCAAUGGCGGAGCUCAUGAAAAACCCAAAUAUCAUGAAGAAAGCACAAGAAGAGGUCAGACAAGUGGUUGGAAGGAAAUCAAAGGUGGCUGUAAAUGAUGUCAAUCAAAUGUGCUACUUAAAAUGUAUCGUCAAGGAGACACUUCGAUUACAUCCUCCUGUGCCAUUCUUGGUUCCUAGAGAAACAUCUGCAAAUGCUAAACUUGGUGGCUAUGACAUUCCUUGUAAAACAAGAGUGUAUGUCAAUUCUUGGGCCAUUCAAAGAGACCCCAAAUUCUGGGACAAGGCUGAGGAGUUCCUUCCAGAGAGAUUCAAUGCUAAUAAUAGCAAUCCGAUUGAUUUUAUAGGCCAAGACUUUCAAUAUAUCCCAUUUGGAGGUGGAAGAAGGGUAUGCCCUGGUAUGUCAGCUGGACUUAAAACAGUUGAGUAUGUUCUUGCCAACCUCUUAUAUUGGUUUGAUUGGGAGUUUCUUGGUAGUGCAAUAGGAGAGGAGUUGGACAUGAGUGAGGUAUUUGGGCUUAGUAUUCAUAAGAAAGUCCCUCUUUAUCUUGCUGCAACUCCUUACCAUCCUUAAAUCUAUGAGUCUAUAGAUGUUUGUGAGCUACUAAGCUUCAAGUCUCAGUGUAGUUGUCAUGUUCUUGUUUAAAUCUUUUACUUUUUAUGAAA